AUGGCUGAGGCACAUCAAGCUGUGGGGUUUCAGUUCACCGUUCGCCCGGAUAGUUUGGAUGUUAAACUGAGUCAGGAGGUCAUCAAAAACAUCUACCUAUCAGGGCUAACGGCGUGGAAAAAGAAAGCUAUAAAAUUCAAGAACGGCGUGUUGGCUGGCGUCUACCCUGCCAGUCCUUCUAGUUGGCUGAUAGUUGUGAUCGCCAUAAUGAGCACCUUGUAUAUCCGCAUAGACCCCUCUUUAGGAAUGAUGGACAGCAUGAAGGAAAAUUUACCAUGGAGAGACGGCAUGUCGGUGCAGACUCGGGCAGUGCUGAGCGCCAUCUUGUUCGCCACCGGGCUGUGGCUGUUCCUCAUCUACCUCCUGAGAUACACCCUCAAAGCCCUGCUCUCCUACCACAGCUGGAUCUUUGAGUCCCAUGGGAAGAUGAGUCCAUCCACUAAAGUGUGGCUGAGCCUGGUGAAGAUGUUUUCCAGCCGCAGACCGCUCCUCUACAGCUUCCAAGCUUCUCUACCAAGGCUGCCUGUGCCCAGUGUGGAUGAAACCAUCCGUAGGUACCUCGAGUCCGUCCGUCCUUUACUUGACAGUGAGCAGUACAAUCAAAUGGAAACCUUGGCCAAUGACUUUAAAGACUCUGAAGCCCCCCAACUCCAAAGAUACCUCAUUCUCAAGUCUUGGUGGACCACGAAUUACGUGAGUGACUGGUGGGAGGAGUACAUCUACCUCAGAAGCAGAAGCCCGAUAAUGGUCAACAGUAACUUCUACGUCAUGGACCUCUUGUAUGUAACGCCAACACACAGACAGGCUGCACGUGCAGGAAACGUGGUUCACGCCAUGCUGCAGUACAGACGCAAGCUGGAACGUGGAGAGCAUGCCCCGUUAAGGGCUUUAGGGAUUGUCCCCAUGUGCUCCAGUCAGAUGGAGAGGAUGUUUAACAGCACCCGCAUCCCUGGGGUGGAGACAGAUAUUGUGCAACACCUGACUGACCGUAAGCACUUGGUGGUCUAUCACAGGGGACGCUUCUUCCAGGUGUGGCUGUACACUGGGGGGCGCCACCUCUUACCUAGCGAGCUGGAAACACAAUUUCAGAGCAUCCUCAACGAUGCUACACAACCGCAGCCUGGAGAGCUCAAACUCGCUGCCCUGACUGCAGGAAACAGAGUUCCUUGGGCCCGGGCCCGUGCGAAGUUUUUCAGCCAAGGAGUAAACAAGGCCUCUCUGGAUGCCGUCGAGUCAGCCGCUUUCUUCCUGACGUUGGACGAUGAGGCGCAGGGUUAUAACCCCGCAAAGACGGCUUCACUUGACAGCUAUGCCAAGUCUCUGCUGCACGGCAAAUGUUUUGACAGGUGGUUUGACAAGUCGUUCAAUUUGAUCUCUUACACAAAUGGAAAAAUGGGUGUGAACGCCGAGCAUUCCUGGGCCGAUGCACCGAUCAUAGGACAUAUGUGGGAGUUUGCCCUGGCAACAGACUGCUUCCAUCUCGGCUACACAGAGGAGGGACACUGUAGGGGGGACGUCAACAAGGGCCUGCCCCCUCCCACUAGACUGCAGUGGCAGAUUCCAGAAGAAUGUCGAGACGUCAUUGAGCGUUCAUACCUGACCGCCAAGCAGAUAGCGGAUGACGUGGACUUCAAUGGAUGUCUCUUUGCCGAGUUCGGGAAAGGCCUGAUUAAGAAGUGCAAGACCAGCCCUGAUGCGUUUAUUCAGCUGGCCCUGCAGCUGGCGCAGUUCCGGGACCAGGGGGUGUUCUGUCUGACCUACGAGUCCUCCAUGACCCGGAUGUUCAAGGAGGGUCGCACAGAGACGGUGCGCUCCUGCACCUCCGAGGCCGUUGCUUUUGUUCGAGCCAUGGAAGACAAGACAGCAACGAACGCCCAGAGACUGGCCCUGUUUCGGAACGCGGCAGACAAACAUCAGAACAUGUACCGCCUGGCGAUGACCGGAUCUGGUAUUGACCGCCACCUCUUCUGUCUCUACAUCAUGUCCAAAUACCUGGGCGUCGACUCACCAUUCCUUAAGCGGGUCCUCUCCGAGCCCUGGAAGCUGUCUACGAGUCAGACUCCGCAGCAGCAGCUCAACCUAGUUGACAUCAACAAGUUUUCAAAAUAUGUGGGUGCUGGUGGAGGAUUUGGCCCAGUGGCUGAUGAUGGUUACGGCGUGUCUUACAUCAUUGUCGGAGAGAACCUCAUCACAUUCCACAUCUCCAGCAAGUUUUCCAGUCCUGAGACAAACUCAGUCCGCUUCAGUCAGAACAUCCAGAAGGCCAUGCUGGACAUCCAAGCCCUUUUUAAACCUGAAAAUGACAGGAAGGAGGAACAGAGGAAGCGGACGUGGCUGGAGAAUGGGAAGAAGGACGAAUAACACAUUCUGCAGGGUGGAGGCCCUGGUGUGUAUCAUGCUGGGUCUAUGCACAUUUCAUUGUUAUAUAGCAUCAUGCUACCCCCCCCCAGUGACUUCCUAGCUUCUUUGCUGAGAUUGUUGGUUUGGACCAGCACGUUUCUUGAUGGGCCACAAGAAAAUCACACUCCUGGUUGUCGUCACAC